UCGUUUAGCUGUGGACGCGCUAGCUAGUGUAGAAGAUCAGCAGCGAGAGAACGUGUGCUCUGUGCUUUGAUAUCGUUUUGAACACGUUUCAUCUCGAAACUCGAGUGUCGAUGAUCUGUAUGGAGGGGCUGAGAGUUGUGCCGCUGGAUGUGGUGGACUCAGACACACAGCGCUGUCGCGUGGGCCCUCAUCUGAUGUCCAGGCUGGGACUGCGGGUGGGCUCUCCGGUCCUCAUCGGGGUCAGGCAGGGGACAUGUCUCUGUGUCGCGUGGCCACGGCGAGACCUCGCGGAGGGAUACGUUCAGAUCAGCAGCCAGUGCGCCACACCAGACCUCAGCACGCAAACAUUUACCGGACUCACGGUGGACCCGGCACGGAUCAGACCUCUGAGCUGCCCCGAACUCACCUGCACCAGCGUGAAGGUAUUCCUGCGGAGUCUGAAACGCAAGAGACACGUCUGUGAGCUUUUACAGGAACUGCUGAGCGGUCUCUACCUGCACGAGGGUCAUUUGGUUGAUCUGUCUCAUUCAAACACUGAGAUCAGGUUUGUUCUGGUUGAGCAUGUUAACUCGGGCGCGCACACAGCUGGUUUGGUGACAGACAGAACCCGUGUGGACGUGAGCGCGGUUCAGAGCGCCAAACACUUCCAGAAUCAGCAGCGGGUCUCAGAUCUGUCUCUGGGGGGUCUGGAGGACGUUUACGCGUCAUUAAAGGAGAUGAUCGUCUUUCCUCUGCGGUACCCUGCUUCUUUACAUCGACUCGGCCUGUCCUGCCCACGGGGGCUGCUUCUGAUCGGACCGCCCGGUGUGGGAAAGACAUUACUGGUGCGCUGCGUGGCGAAAGACGUCGGCGCCAGGUUAGUGACUGUAAACGGGCCUGAAGUCACGGGGUCUCGACCGGGCGAGAGUGAAGAGAACCUGCGGCGGAUGUUUGAUCGGGCCCGGGAGGCGGCAGAGGAGGGCUUGUGCGUUCUGCUCAUCGAUGAGAUCGACUCUCUGUGUCCGAAGCGAACGAGCGGCAGCAGCGCACCGGAGAACCGACUGGUCGCUCAGCUGCUGACGUUAAUGGACGGAAUCGGCAGUGACGAGGGUUUCGUCAUCAUUGGAGUCACGAACCAGCCGGACGCUCUGGAGCCGGCGCUCAGGAGACCCGGCCGGUUCGACAGAGAGGUGGUCAUCGGUGUCCCGCUGCUGCUGCAGAGGCGCAGGAUUCUGGAGUGCGUGUGCCAGCAGAUGCCGCUCUCCUCAGACGUUGAUCUGAGCGCCGUCGCUGAAAUGACCUGCGGUUACGUGGGAGCGGAUCUGAGCGCGCUCAGCAGAGAGGCAGCGCUGCAGGCCAUGCGACAUUCACAGGCAGGAGUCGCUGAGCGCGUGGAGAUGCGACACUUCAUGGCGGCGCUGCGGCAGGUGCGGCCCUCGUGUCUCAGGAGCAGCAUAGGAGCGACUGACUUUAAACCUGUCAGCUGGGAGCAGAUUGGAGGACUAGAGGAGGUUCAACUCAAACUCAAGCAGAGUAUCGAGUGGCCCAUGAGGUUUCCUGAAGCAUUCGUGCGGAUGGGUAUCUCUCGGCCCAGAGGAGUUCUGCUGUACGGACCGCCGGGCUGUGCUAAGACCACGCUGGUGAAAGCGGCUGCAUCUUCAUCACGCUGCACCUUUCUGUCGGUCAGCGGGGCCGAGAUCUUCUCUCCGUAUGUGGGAGACUCGGAGAAAACCCUCACACAGUUGUUUGUUCAGGCACGAGCGUGCGCCCCCUCCAUCGUGUUCCUGGAUGAGAUCGACAGUAUUGUGGGUUCUCGAUCAGACGGCAGUUCCUCUCACAGCGUGCAGUCGCAGGUUCUGUCUGUUCUGCUCACUGAGUUAGACGGAGUUGGAUUUCGAAGCGUGGAGAGACGGAGCGGUAGCAGAAAAAUGCGUCAGUUAGAGAGCGGAGAACAAGAGCCAGACGAACUGCAUCAGAUGGAACUUCAGGAGGUGUGUAACAAAGAUGUUUUGAUCGUGGCUGCCACUAAUCGAGCAGACGUUCUGGACAGCGCUCUGCUCAGACCCGGCCGACUCGACCACAUUAUAUACGUACCCCCUCCAGACAUUGAGGCUCGUGAGGCGGUCCUGCGCGUGUGCACUGCACGUGUUCCGCUGCAUCCUGACGUGUGUUUGAGGGCUCUAGCUGAACUAACAGAACGCUUCUCUGGAGCGGAUCUACAAAACCUGUGCAAAGAGGCUGCUCUCGUGGCUCUGUGUGAGGACGGUUUCACUGUUUCCUGCGUGAGACACCGACACUUCCUGAAGACUCUUCACAGUUUAACUCCGUCACUGACUCCUGACCAACUUCAGCAGAACAUCCACCUGUCUGUCGGUUCAUAAAAACAUCAUUCUGUGCCACUCUUAUGUGUGUAACUGUUGCGUGUUUUGAAAGAAUCGCUUCACCGACUGCUGGUUAGAUUUAAAGUGAUGUCAAAUACUUGGAUUUUUCAGUAUUCAAUAUUGAUUUAUUCAAGCGGAUGAAAACAUCACUUUUUUGAACACGUCAUCACUUCACAGGAGUUUUUUCGAACGAGGCGCAGUUUUUGCUCUACACGGAAUAUCCGCGGAAGUAUCUGAUUUUGCUGAUGGUUUGUUUUAUACACUAAUAAUAAUAAUAAUAUUAUGGUAGUCCAGGGGUGACACCUGGUACAAAAAUAAACAGUCCAAAAAUAAAAGCUUAUCCUAUUUUGUUGUUUCCUAGUAGAAGCCAGCAGGAUGUGCCGGUUUGUUGGGGUGGUGUUUGCUCCGCCCCUCCUUUAUUGUGAACAGUAGCGUAGCCAGAAAAGAGACUCUGGGUGUGCAUCUGAAAAACUGGGUGUGCCACAUUUUUUAACAGAUUAAAGUGCAAAAAACCCAACUCUGCAUAUAACGUUACAGAAUACACUAGGCUGAUGUGUAAAACUAAACUCGCCACCAGGGCUCUAGACUAACAUUUUGCACUGGUGCGCCUAACUUUUUCUUAGGUGCACCAGCACAAAAGUUAGGUGCACCCAAAUUUUCGACCACAUCGCAUUUAAGGGGCAGUCGUGGCCUAAUGGUUAGAGAGUCGGACUCGUGACCGGUUCGAUUCCCAGGGCCAGCGGGUAACAACUGAGGUGUCCUUGAGCAAGGCACCUGACCCCUACAUGCCCCCCGGGCGCUGCAGUGAUAGCUGCCCACUGCUCCGGGUGUACGUGUGGUCACCACUUGCUGUGCGUGUGUUCACUACUCUCUGGAUGGGUUAAAUGCAGAGGUCACAUUUCGGGUAUGGGUCACCAUAUCUGACUAAUAGGUCACUUUCACUUCACUUUAACACCGCAGUUCUACCAGUUCACUUUUUUUAAAUCGCUGUCCAUAAAGGCAAAAUUGACUUGUAAAUGAUUAACUAACAAUCUGGUCAACAUAAAGUUCUUUAUUUGAAGCACAAUUCUACAAGAAAGGUCACUUACUGAAGAAGUGUUGGUGCUUAAAGUGCUUCACUGAACUGAAACUUAAAACAUCUCAAGAUAAAUGGACCAGGGCUUGACAUAACCUGGGAGGUUGAUGGCUCCGUGUCAGAGCAUUGCUUAUGAUUUUCGGACGGAUCAGGCCUUAACUUAACAUUAUUCACGAAACAGUUGUCAAUCGUUCUUUUCAUCUUCUCUAAUCACCCGCGGCUACAUCCACUCUGUUUAACUGACGGGCCUGUAGGCUCCUCCCCUCUCUGUUUAACUGACGGGCCUAUAGGCUCCUCCCCUCUCUGUUUAACUGACGGUCCUAUAGGCUCCUCCCCUCUCUGUCUGACUGCAGCACACGCAUUUUCACAAGAACACACCAGAGGUUGCGCUAGACUUUUUUAUUGUCUGUUAUUUUGACUAACAGGCUCGUAAAAAAUCCGUCAUAAUCUAUUAUUACCCGUCACUACGGUGCAAGGUGGCGUUAGGUGGUAAUUAGUAUGUUCGUGACGUCAUCACGCUGUACUUGCGUCUUGGAACUUGUUGUAUUGUAAUAUAACUGAAUGCCCAAUAAAGCCGUUGUUGUUUAUAUCCAUCUAUAUAUUUAAUGUUUUAAUGUUUAUGUUCAUAUGUGAUUCGAUCUCCAACCCAGAUGCAAAUUUAUAUAUUACAGUUUUUGAUACCAUAUUCAAGCCCUUUCCAAAUCAGUUUUUAUUUUGCUCGUAACCUCGGGUAUGUAACAACAGUUAUGGCUGAGGUCGGCUGAAGCGCUAGGAUUUACAGGAACGGAAUUUGGAGGAAAACGGGUUUAAACUUAAGUGAUGAAAAUAAAAGCACAACAGUCCAGUAUCACAAGUAAAAGUCUCUUUAGAGUAGUAAAAGACUUACUCUAAUAACAAUUUAAUAAAAAAAAUAUUUCCUAGUGUUGAAGUCUAUAAAAAUACUGUACAAAACCGUUUGAAUAAAAGGAAAGUAAGGAAAAUGGUGCGGGCACACUUAAAGAACGAGAGCUCUGCCGUUAUCACUACACAAGGAAACUAACAAACAUUACGGACAACAACUAAUAAGCAGUGAAGCAAGUUUUACCUCGUUUAUCAUGUGCAUAGUGUCUGGACUCAUAAUCAUCCCUUGUAUGUUUUGCGAUCGGAUAACUCCCGGUGCUGCAGACGGGGAGCUCUGUCAUCUCACGAAAACAUUGUAUAAAACACUUUGCAUGCCGUAGUUUACACAGGACUGGCGGGAAAUGUGCAUUGAUACUCCUUCAUUCUUCAUGUUAUGUGGUUUACUUUGAUAGGUGAACUGUCUUUCCCGCGUCCCAGCGCGACAUCCGACGGGUUUUCCCAGAUCGCAUCACAUAUGUCCAGUCAGUAACAAUGACAGGUGAAAACACACACGUCCCUUCGCGAGCAUAUCACGCUCUAAUGAAGGGAAACGGGGAGUUACAAAUUGGCCUCAUAGUAAUCCGUCAAAAUGACGGUAAAAAAAUCUGUCACUUUCAGAGAAUUUUCGUUUAACGCGACCUCUGGUACACACAUACAGGAAAAUCUGGACCACGGCCAAUCAGAGGGGGGUCCGCCCUUCACUAUCUCUGAUUGGUUUAGACCACGAUAUGGGCCUAAUGUGUGUCUGUUUCAGAGUCGCGGAGAGUUUUUUUCUCCCUCGAACGGCUGGUGCGACCUCAGAUUUUUCUUAGUCGCACCAUUGAGAAAUAAGGUCGCACUCUAGAGCCAUGGACAUAUCUAUAGAAGCCCGUUUCCGCCAGGGUAGGGAAUUUUUUUUAGAUUUUAUAAGUCAUUAUUAUGACUUAGUAUCUCAUAAUAAUGACUUAAGUAUCUCAAAAUAAUGAGAAACUAAGUCAAAAUUUCGACUUAGUAUCUCAUAAUAAUGACUUAGUAUCUCAUAAUAAUGACUUAGUAUCUCAAAAUAAUGAGAAACUAAGUCAAAAUUUCGACUUAGUAUCUCAUAAUAAUGACUUAGUAUCUCAUAAUAAUGACUUAGUAUCUCAUAAUAAUGAGAAACUAAGUCGAAAUUUCGACUUAGUAUCUCAUAAUAAUGACUUAGUAUCUCAUAAUAAUGACUUAGUAUCUCAUAAUAAUGAGAAACUAAGUCGAAAUUUCGACUUAGUAACUCAUAAUAAUGACUUAGUAUCUCAUAAUAAUGAGAAACUAAGUCG